AUGGCGAGCUCUACAGAAAACACAGCUGGUCCUCGAAAGAUACCAAUUGCCAGCCCAGGACCCAACAGCAAACCUCUCCCAAGGCCGGAAUUGACAGAUGAGCAAAAGACAAAGUAUGAGGCUCUGCUAGAGCAGGUCAAGGAUAUCACCGAGAUCCAAUGCGAGAAGAAGGCCGAUGAGGAGGACAAAUCAGGCCCCAUCACUGAUCACGAGCGCUCAUGGCUCACCCGCGAGUGUCUCCUCCGUUAUCUCCGGGCUACAAAGUGGUCAGUCGACGACUCUGCCAAGCGGCUCAAAGCAACUCUCGCAUGGCGUCGGGAGUAUGGUCUCGAGGGUUUCACGCCCGAGUACAUCUCUCCUGAGCAGGAGACUGGAAAGCAGAUGAUCAUCGGAUAUGAUCGUCAGGGUCGGCCCUGUCAGUAUCUUAACCCGGCGAGACAAAACACGGAUACCAGUCCCCGACAGCUGCAUCACUUGUUCUACAUGGUCGAGCGGGUGACGGAUCUCAUGCCGCCAGGAGUGGAGAUGCUGAGCCUCAUGAUCAAUUUCAAGCCCAGCAAGGAGCGCAAGAACACGAGUGUGCCCGUAUCUGUUGCGCGAGAGGUGUUGCAUAUUCUGCAGAACCACUAUCCUGAGAGACUAGGCAAGGCUCUCAUUAUCAACGUGCCGUGGAUCGUAUGGGGUUUCUUCAAAAUCAUCACGCCCUUCAUCGACCCCGUGACGCGCGAGAAGCUCAAGUUCAACGAAGACAUGAAGCAGUACGUUCCUCCUGAGCAGCUGUGGAGCCUCGACUGGGGCGGUGAUAUGGACUUUGAGUAUGACCACGAGACAUACUGGCCAGCGCUGAACGAGCUGUGCCGCCAGAAGCGUGAUGAGAAGUACCGACGGUGGGAGGCAGCUGGCAAGGAGAUUGGUGAGAGCGAGGAUUACCUCGCGGGUGGAACGGAUACCAGUGUCAAGGGAUUCAAGUUUGGCGAGGAUGCUGGUGUCAAGGAUGUGCAGGAGAAGUUGGCGGAGACUAAGCUUGAGGAGCAGCCUGUUGCGGCGUAG